ACAAAAAUCUGAAUUACAAGGAAUGCCUUUUGGUGUAAAAAGAGUUGAUGAAGAAAAAAGUAUAAUAUUUUAUUAUUGUGAUAGAGAUAAUCAAACUAAUAUAACUAGUUACCAACCUAAUGUUAUCUGGGUUUUAACAGUAACUGCAGAUCCAAAAAUAAUAAAAGAAAGAAUUGAAAAUAGUUUAAAAAUAGGUUUAAAAUAUAAUAAUGAUAUAACACAUUUUGGUAAAACACCAAAAUUUCCUACACAUUUUGGUUUUUUUCUUAUUGUUAAUAAAGUAAUGCCUAUGAUGGGAUAUGAUAUAAAUAUGGAUAGUAUGACGAAUCUUAAAUUUACUACAGGAUCAGCAAUGCAACAAUUAAUAAAUACUGUUAAAGAAAUGAUAAAUAAUCACUCUAAUUUAGAAAAACCUUCAAAACCUAAAGAUACUAUUGAUACAAAUCAAGAUCAAAAUCAAAAUCUACCAUUACUACCUGAAGCAAGAAUAUUUGAAUAA